ACAAUUUGUUGACGAACCAAUUGAAAAAAUCUUGUAUUUUACAUUCUUCGUUUAAAGUUGUGAAAUCUUAUAAAACAAAACAUGUUUUUCUAUAAAUUACCUAAUGGCGGUUUGAACACAAAAACAUAUAAAACACCCGAAGGCCAAAUUAAAUUUGAUCCUCCCGUAUAUGAACAACGCUAUACAACAGCCGUUCGUAUCAUUGAGGACCCGUUGUGGGAGCAGCCAUUAAAAAAGGUUGUUGAUUUCGGUUGUGCUGAAUUGCGUCUUUUACCAUUACUACGUCGAAUACCCCAUGUUGAGCACAUUUUGGAGGUGGAUAUAGACGCAGAACUAUUAAAAGUUCAUCAACAAAAAGCUAUACCUUUAAUUUCUGACUAUUUGAAAAAACGGGAAAGUCCACUCCGGGUCGAAGUACUACUGGGUAGUAUUACAGAUGCUGUUGAACAAUUGUAUGAUGUAGAUGCGGUAAUAGCGCUUGAAAUCAUUGAACACUUACACAAAGAAGUUUUGGAUAAAGUUCCCGAAAAUAUAUUCGGUUUCAUUCAACCAAAGUUAGCCAUUUUCUCCACACCAAAUUCAGAAUUCAAUGUCCUAUUUGGACCUAUGUUGGAAAACGGGUUUAGACAUCAUGAUCAUAAAUUUGAAUGGACACGGAAAGAGUUUCAGUCAUGGGCUCAUGAUAUAUGUAAAACGUAUUCAAAUUAUAGUGUAUCAUUUAUGGGUGUAGGUAAAGCACCACCCCAAAAUAAAAAACUUGGUUAUUCCACACAAAUAGCUAUCUUUGCCCGCAAUGAUAUGAUCAAUAAACCAUUGAAUUAUGAGAUAGUUAAAAAGCCCAUAACAUCCGAAGCUCAGUACAAAGUCAUUUACUCUGUUGAUUUUCCACAUAAUAAAGAUCAACGCACCAAAGAGCAGAAAAUUUUAGACGAAACUAAUUUCUAUACAAAUCAAGCUAAAAAUAUACCAAAAUACUUUAACAGAGAACGUUGCAUUUACCAAUUACCAUGGAAGAAUCUCAUGGAGUAUACAAAAAGUGUUGGCGGUACUGAAACUGAGUUGUUAGAAAUAUUAAAGAGCAACAAUUUUAAAAUAGAGGGUGAUUUUAUUGUAUUACCCGAAUAUGACGAAGAAGAUGAUUCCGAUGAUUUGGACUAUGAUGGCGAAUAUAAUUUGGAAGCUCAACCAUAUAAAUGUCAUCUUAAUGAUGAAGAGGAAGAGGAGCUGGCAUCGAAUUUAGCUUCCGGAUGCAAUUUAAAUGUAGGUAAUGUUAACUAUGACACAGAAGAUGAUUGGGAUUGAAUUUAAAAUUCUAUUCACUUAUUAUUAUUUUUUAUAUUUUUCAAAUACAUACCUACAUAAUUAUAAGAGUGAAUUUCAAUUUAACUAUUAUUAAAUAAUACCCUAUGUUUAAUUUUCUUAAAAUUUAUUUUUUUUAUGAUUUUUUUUAUUAUUCAUUCAUACCAUAAAAUUGAUAAACAUUUUAUUUAAAUGAAGUAUGCGCUUAAUUUUCUUAAUUUCGUAAAUACUAAAAAUGUUAAUAAAUAAAAACUUUGAAAUAAAUGCUUAAAUCCAGAGAAA